AUGAAUUUAUUAAAAAAACAAUUAAAUGAAUUUUUUGAUCGACAAUUUGAAUCAGAAAUUGUAUUACAGGAAUUACUUAAAGAAAAAGAGAGAGCAAUAGAAUUAUCAAAAAAACGUGAAUUAUUUGGUUGGAUGUCAAUGUGUUUGCCAGUUAUGGCUUGUUUUUCAAUUUAUCUUUCACAACGUACAAAAAAUAAAACAAUCGUCUUUUCUGUUUGUCCUUUUAUAAUGAUUUAUGGUUACUAUUGCGAUGAAGUUUUGGGAAGUAAAUUUGAGAAAAUUAAAAACACAGCAGAGUUAAUAAUGUCUAAAGAACCACAUUUAUUAAAACCAGUAGGAGGAACUUUAACCCUAUAUGAUAUCGAUAAGAGAAUUAAAAAAUUAAGUGAAUGA